AUGUCCACAAGGGCCAUACAUUUAGAAGUUGUAAGCGACCUCACCGCUCAAGCGUUCUUACAAGCUUUUAAACGGUUUGUUGCUCGCAGAGGCCAUUGCCAAGAUAUCUGGAGCGACAAUGGAACUAGUUUCACGGGAGCAGCUGCAGAACUAAAGAAAAUGUUCGCUUCUGAAGCUGCAGGAAUAUUUAAGGAGGUAGCGGAAUCAUUGGCUAUAAAUGGAACAAACUGGCAUUUUAUCCCUCCCCAUUCACCUAAUUUCGGCGGUUUGUGGGAAGCUGGUGUAAGGUCCGUCAAAUUCCACUUAAAAAGGGUAAUCGGCGAUUCUACUCUAACUUUUGAAGAGAUGUCGACAGUCUUGGCACAAAUCGAGGCAUGUUUAAAUUCUAGGCCACUUUGUGGUGUUACUGACGAUCCGAAUGUUGAGGUUCUGACACCAGCUCAUUUUCUUGUGGGCGAUUCCUUGGUUACACCACCCGACUAUAAUUACGAGCACGAUGGAGUAGCGUCUCUUCGAAGGUGGCAGUAUACACAGCGAAUGCUUCAAUCUUUUUGGCGAAAAUGGUCUCAGGAAUAUCUAACCAAAUUCCUACACAGAUAUAAAUGGGCGACUCCAUCUUCAUCACCUGCCGUUGGUGAUAUUGUAGUAGUAAAGGAGGAUGGUUUGCCUCCUUGCAAAUGGUUAUAUGGUAGAAUUAUUGAUACUCACCCAGGUUUGGACAACGUUGUUCGGGUAGUCACGAUUAAGACGAAUAAGAACACUGUAUUAAAAAGGCCAACAUCAAAACUAUGUAUUUUGCCAAUUGAAAAAUAA